AUAGAGAGAAUUUGUUUACGGAUUUCUUUUGCCUUAUGAAAAUAGAAUAAAAGUAUAAAAGAAGAAAAGUCGUCGGCGGAGGAAGUCAGUAGCCAAUAGUGAUAAAAGUCACGGGCUGUUCACACGUGAUUACCUCACAGUCAUUUAUUACAUAAACUCAUCUCUCUCUCUCUCUCUCUGUCUUUUUUGAAUCAUUCACAUUUCAGACACAAACGCAGAGAAACAAAUUCUUGUAACAAUGACAGGCAGAGAGAUUCUCCAUAAGAUGAAGGUUGGAUUAUGCGGAUCUGACACAGGCAGAGGUAAAAGCAAGAUGUGGAAGAACAUCGCACACGGUUAUGACUUUGUGAAAGGCAAAGCGUGCCAUCCCAUGGAGGACUAUGUUGUGUCUGAGUUCAAGAAAGUAGACGGCCAUGAUUUGGGUUUGUUUGCUAUCUUUGACGGUCAUUUAGGGCAUGAUGUGGCCAAGUACUUGCAGACCAAUCUCUUUGAUAACAUACUCAAAGAGAAAGAUUUUUGGACUGAUACGGAAAACGCUAUAAGGAAUGCAUACAUAUCAACGGAUGCUGUGAUAUUAGAGCAGUCACUUAAACUUGGCAAAGGCGGAUCAACGGCUGUAACAGGCAUUCUGAUAGAUGGGAAAAAGCUAGUGGUUGCUAAUGUUGGAGACUCACGAGCAGUGAUGUCAAAGAAUGGUGUUGCUUAUCAACUCUCUGUUGAUCAUGAACCAAGCAAGGAGCAAAAGGAAAUAGAGAGCCGUGGUGGCUUUGUAUCGAAUAUUCCAGGGGAUGUUCCAAGAGUUGAUGGACAACUAGCGGUUGCGAGGGCGUUUGGAGAUAAGAGUUUAAAGAUACAUCUGAGCUCAGAACCAGACAUAACACACCAGACUAUCGAUGAUGAGACUGAGUUCAUCGUUUUUGCAAGUGAUGGAAUUUGGAAGGUGUUGUCGAACCAAGAAGCGGUGGAUGUGAUCAAAACCAUAAAAGAUCCACAAGCGGCAGCGAAGGAGUUGAUAGAAGAAGCAGUCUCUAAGAAAAGCACAGACGACAUCUCUUGUAUAGUUGUAAGGUUCCAGUGAUAAACUUUUGUUGUUUAUAAAUUUUACCAGUCAAGUGUGUGUGAGAGAGAGAGAAACAAAAGACGCCCACGCUGUGUGAUCAAAGUCAUGUCUUGUUAAAAAAACUCCAUUGACAAUAAAAUUCUUUCCAAAAUGUAAAAUCCAUGGUUUAGUUGGUA